AUGGUGUCCGGCUACUGGCAGAGGGAAGCCGUGGGUGCGUGCACAGAGAGCCUCGGGUCGGAGAGCGGCGACGUCGGCGGGGAGAUCGAGCAGCUUCCGGCCGGCGCCGGCGCCGGAGUGGACGAGGACGGGCACAACGCGGGAAUGGUGGAGCUUCAGAAUUUGGCGGGCAAGAGGCGGCGAGGCGAAAGGCGCCUCCCUCCGGCGAUGCCGAGGCCGGCCGAGGCGUUCAUGCGCGCGGAGCGGCGUGGCGGGCGUCUCAUCCUCACCCAGGUGGUGCGGCCGGUCGAGCGGCCGCGGAAGGUGUUCUGUGCGUCCCGCGCCGACGGGCGCCUGCGCCUGCGCUUCGCUGAAGAAGACGCCUUGUACGGCGAAAAGCGCCAAGCACCUGAAUCAGCCGAGACGGAGAGCGGGGCCCUGGUCGGUGGCUGCGGCAACGGCGUGGGGUUUCGCCAGGCAGCGACCGGCACCGGGAGGCGCGUCGAGAUCGGCGCCGUGAUGGGGAUAUGA